CAGGGUUCGGAGCGGGAUCUCCGUGCUGCCGUGUCCCUGAGGAGGCUGGGGUGCGAGGUGCAGGGUCUGAGUACAGCGGGACUCAGGAGCCUGCGGGUAACAAAGUACUGCGUCCUUCAGCACCUUGAGCUGUGCGGUGGGGGCGUGGAGUGCCUUGCACAGGGUCACGCAGACUUAGGUCGGGAUGGCAUCUGCCUUGGCAGAGACGGCAGCUGUGAGGCCUGGCCUUUCUUUCUCUUGAGGAAGCAUUUUUUUAUUCCUGCAACCCCUGGCUUGCCAUCUCACGUGUGGCAUGCAGUGUUUUAUCCUCAGCUGGGCUGGCCAGGUCCCCAUGAGCCUGUAUUUGUACACGAGCAUUGCAGAAUGGAGAACUAUAAGAAGACCAAAAUUGUGGAGAAACCUUGUCCUCCUCCUUUCACUGACCUGCCCGCUGAUAUUAUUGAAAUGAAGGUGAAGGAUGGGAGCAAAAUUAGGAAUCUGAUGGGCUAUGCCAUGAGCAAGAUGGAGCAGGACUCAGUGAGGCAUAUUCUUUUCACUGGCUCAGGCAAGGCUGUCAGCAAGACCAUCACCUGUGUGGAAAUCAUGAAACGAAGGCUCAAGGAGCUGCACCAGAUCACCAAAGUGCUCUUUAAACAGAUUGAAGAAAUCUGGGAACCCAUUGUGCCUGAGGCAGGCCUCGAUGCCUUGACAGUGAAGAGAAACAUUCCUGCCAUAUGCGUCCUGCUGAGCAAAGAUGCCCUGGAUCCUCAGGAGCCUGGAUACCAGGCCCCAGGAUCUUUUGAUACCUUCCGGACUGAGACACUGAAAGCAGAAUCGCAGGGCCAGAUGAAGAGGAAGCAGGGUGGAGGCCGAGGAGCUGCCAGCACAGGGAAGCACCCUCGCUCCACCGGGGGAAUGCUGGGGGGGCCCUGAGGUGGCAGCUCCGUGCAUGGUUCAGGGGAGCUGCGGAAACCGGCCCGGGGCUGUGGCUGCACAGCUGCUGCUGAACACGGGGACUCACAGAGGUGUGAGGGGAGGGCAGGAGGAGCAGACUGUUACAACUGGGUGUGAUCAUAGCUGUCUGAAAAUGUGUUUUGACAAGUUCCCUUGCCAAAGGCUGCCAGGCUGUACUCCUUAGGGGAUCAUGGAAGAUGAGAUUUGCCUCUUCUUGAGCAAAAACUGUUGGUGUGCUGUCAGUGAGCCCCAGAGAAGGGCUGCUAGCCCAGUGAGGUUUCAGGUGCCUGGGCGUGCAGCAGCCCAGGCAGUGGGACAGACACCUGUCUGUAUGCCAGGUGCAGGUUGCUCUGACCAGUACAGAGGGGAGUCAGGACCUGAUGUGGAAUCCCCAGGCAGCUGCCUGCGUCACCUGGGCUCAUGAGUGUACAGACAGCAGGGCACAGGGCAGGGCCAGCCAUUUCUGGGCCUGAAGAGUCCUCCUGCUGAGCCUGUUGAGGGUGUUGAAUGUAGGACUGCCAGGAUACAGCUCUGGCAUCAUGUGCAUGUAGCUCCUUGGCUCAGCAGAGCUGGCGGUCGUGGUUCUCUCUCCAAACAGGCAGCAGUUGACUCGUGUUGUAACCAGCCUGAAAUCCUGUGGCUCUGCAGCUGUCCUGGGGUGCUGGUAAUGGGACGUUCCAGAGGAUCCUGUUCUUUCCCCUUUCUGCUCCUUGAUAAUGCACAAAGAUGGCUUUAAAAUAAAGAUGUAACUUCAUGUAA